AUGAGUUCAGCUAAGAGUACGGAAACUCCUAUACACCCAUCCUCCAUGCUUCACAAAGAUGAUGAAGGAACUCCAAUAUCUGAAAAAGAGUACAAAGGGAUAAUUGGAUCUUUGUUAUACUUACCAGCUAGUAGACCUGACAUAGUCUUUGCAGUAGGUCUUUGUGCAAGGUCUCAAUCCUCCUCUAAAGAAUCUCAUCUUACAGCAGCUAAACCGCCUUCGCAAAAAUUACCAUCCUCCUCUUCAAAAAUUUCUGCCAACGUCCAACUUUUUGAUUCCUCAAUCUUGGAGACCCACUAUGUUUCAAAAUGGCAAAACAAAUAUGUGGUCAAUGGAAAAAUCAUUGACCUUGCUGAUUUAAAACAAGGUGGCUUUGACGUUGAGGACAUGUUUGAUCAACUUGGAUGGACCUCCUUUUUACGCGUAAACGAAACCCAGUAUCCUCGACUGGUAAGGGCCUUUUAUGCUGCUUCAAAUGGUUCAAAAGGCAUUACUGGUUUCAAUAUUGUCCUAAAAGGGGUUCACAUGGAGAUUAAUCCCACUAUGUUAUGUCAAAUUAUAGACAUUCGUGAUGAAGGUGCCUACCUUUUCUCAGAGAACUGGUAUUCUCAGUGUCAAAUAACUAGAACAAUUGUCCUCCAAAAUACUCUCAUUUCACCCCCAAAACCUCAGAUGGCUUCCAAUCUACUUCCUAUUUUCCGCAUUCUUUACAACAUAUGUGUGCACUCUAUUGUGCCCAGAGCUGACAGCUUUGAAAAGGUCACUGAACUUGACCUUUUAAUCAUUCAUCAUCUAUUGUCUGGCACACCUCUCCACCUAGAGAAUUCUCCUCCACCAAUCAUUCAGGAAUCCAUUUUGGACCCUGUUCCCACUCCAUCUCCAUUGCGUGACUCCACUAUUCAAACACUGCCUCCGUCUUCACCAAUCCAUACCUUUUCCCUUUUUCAUGAAGACGCUCCUCCUCACGAGGAUGCAGACGAAGCAUCCUAUCGAAAACUGAUGGAGGAUGAAACUUUGGAUACUACUCUUCCUCCUCCAGCAUCUAAUGUAAUCAUUGAAGAACCUCCCCAACCUCUUGUUGAGAGACGGUGGUUGACGAAGACGCAACACGUUAAAUCAGCAGAUCAACUUCGUUGGGAAAGAUCUUUAGCUAAGAUUGACGACGACCGCCUCUGCCAAACAAACCAACCGCUCCUCCUCUGUGCCAGACAAACGAACCGCACGACCGCCUCCGACAAACGAAUCGCUCCUCUGCUCGCUGGGCCUGCAGUCGCCUCUGCCUCCGUGGCCGUUCGUCGCUCUCGCCUCUCUGUUCGCCGCAACUCUCCAGAUCGCGUUGCUACUUUGUUCAAAAGCCUCCCUCUCUCCCUCUUCCAUAAUCAGUUGACGACGGCCGCCUCUGCCAAACAAACCAAUCGCUCCUCCUCUGUGCCAGUCAAACGAACCGCGCGACCGCCUCCGACAAACGAAUCGCUCCUCUGCUCGCUGCGGGCCUGCGACCGCCUCUGCCUCCGUGGCCGUUCGUCGCUCUCGCCUCUCUAUAAGUUUGUGAGAAUAAAGAAGAGUAAAAUAAUUGAUUCUUUUUUCAAGAGGAAAUUUUGUGAGGGUGGAAGAGAUGAAGAAAUUAUAACUUCUACAUCUGAAACUAUCUCUAAGAAUCCAAGAAUUGAAGAAAAUAAUAUUCGUCUUUCCAAGGUUCCUAGAGUUUUUGAAGAUGACUUUGAGAAAUGUUUAGAACGUGAUCCCGGAAAGCGCCCUCAAAUUUGGCAAUAUCCACCAAAUAAAUUGGAUGCAAUACGAAGAGCGUAUCUAAAAUUUGGUCCUUAUCAAAUAAAUUUAAAAGAAUAUCCUUUAUCUGGCAACGAGGUUCAUCCAAGACGGUUUCAAUAUGCUUGGUUUAACAUAUUUUCUUCAUGGCUAGAAUAUUCACCUUCUAAAGAUGCUGCAUAUUGUUUACCACGCUAUCUAUUUAGCAAAAGACCAACUAGACGUCCUGGAUCAGAUGUCUUCAUUGGUACAGGUUUUAGAAAUUGGAAGAAAGUUAAAAAUGGAAAAUUUUGCGCUUUUCUCAAACACAUAGGGAUGGAUCCUUGCUCACCACACAACAAUGCAAUGAAAGCUUGUCUAGACUUGUUGAAUCAAGAUGGACAUAUUAGGAAUACUUUUCAAGUGCAAAGCUCAGAACAAAUUUUGAAGAAUCGAAUACGUCUCAAGACAUCAAUUGACACUGUUCGUUGGUUAACACUUCAAGCUUGUGCUUUUAGGGGACAUGAUGAAACUAGCGGGUCAAGAAAUCAAGGCAAUUUUCUUCAAUUGAUAAAACUCUUGGCAACUUACAAUGAUGAAGUUGCGAAAGUUGUGUUGGAAAAUGCUCCAUAUAAUUCUAAAUAUACUUCACAUCAAAUUCAAAAAGAGAUUUUGCAUAUUCUUUCUAGUAGGGUGAGAAAACAUAUAUGUGAAGAAAUUGGUGAUUCCAAAUUUUGCAUCGUUGUAGAUGAAGCUCGUGAUGAAUCAAAAAGGGAACAAAUGUCUCUUGUGUUAAGAUUUGUUGACAAAGUUGGUUUAAUACAAGAGCGAUUUUUUUUUGUGGCACAUGUUAAAGACACUACAGCUUUAACUCUGAAAGAAAAAGUAUGUGAUAUACUUUCUCGACAUAAUCUUGAUGUUUCUAACAUGCGUGGUCAAGGGUAUGAUGGUGCUAGUAAUAUGAGAGGAGAAUGGAACGAUUUACAAGCACUGUUUAUGAAAGAUUGUCCUUACGCAUACUAUGUCCAUUGUUUUGCUCAUCAAUUGCAACUUGCUUUGGUUAGUGCAUCAAGAGAAAUUGUUCCAAUUCAUAAAUUUUUUGAGAAGCUCAUUUUUGUUGUUAAUGUUGUUUGUUCUUCUACUAAGCGUCAUGAUGAGUUACAAGCUGCUCAGUUAGAGGAAAUUGCACAUUUGCUAGAAAUUGAUGAGAUUGUAACUGGUAAAGGUAUAAAUCAAAUUUGUACUUUGAAACGAGCUGGGGAUACUCGUUGGGGAUCACAUUUCUCUUCUAUUUGUUGCUUGAUAAAUAUGUAUGAGGCAACUUGUAUUGUUUUAAAAAAAAUUACAAAUGAAAGAGCAAGUUAUUCUACACGUGGGGAUGCUGAUAGUGCUUAUAAUUAUUUGAAGGCGUUUGAUUUUAUAUUUAUCUUGCAUUUGAUGAAAAAAAUUAUGGGGAUAACUGAUAUACUUUGUCAAGCCUUACAACAACAAUCUCAGGAUAUAGUUAAUGCCAUGUGUUUGGUUGGAACAACAAAGUAUCUUAUUCAAGUAUUGAGAGAAGAUGGUUGGGAUGCAUUAUUUACUGAAGUGAAGAACUUUUGUGAAAAAUAUGAUAUUGAAAUUCCUAAUCUCAACGAUGUUCAUUCAACAACAAAAUUUGGACGAUCUCGUCUUCAACAUGGUCAGGUUACAAUAGAGCAUUAUUUUAGAGUUGAAAUAUUUUUUACUGCCAUUGAUCAACAAUUACAAGAGUUGAAUAACAGAUUUAGUGAGCAAGCAAUAGAUUUGUUAACUCUAAGUUGUGCUUUGACUCCUAAGGAUAAUUAUAAAGCUUUAACAUUGAAGAAUUUAUCAACUAUCCAAGAAUUGUGCUCAUGUUUGAUUGCAACUGAAAAGACGCAAAAUUUCUACUUGAUUGAUAGACUACUUCGUCUUAUCAUGACUCUUCCGGUUUCUACUGCCACAACUGAAAGAUCUUUUUCAGCAAUGAAAAUUAUUGAAUCAAUGUUAAGAAACAAGAUGGAAGAUGACUUUUUGGCAGAUAGCAUGACGAUUUAUAUUGAAAGGGAAAUUGCUGCAAGUAUCACUUCUGAGUCUAUUAUUGAUGAUUUCAAGUUAAUUAAAGAGCGUAGAGCAUUACUUUAA